AUGGACGACACCAGUUUCCUCCAAGACUGGGCUCCCGGAAAUGUCACCUUCACGUUCGAAGACUUCGGCGGCGAGCAGACCAGCGUUGCGGGCCUCGAUCGAGACAUCCUCAGCCAGCGCUCCACUCUCCUUGGCAUGGCACCCGAGGACGAUGCCACUGGAAGGGCCUCACUCACUCUGAGCGUUCCAUCCCACGCGGCCGGCGUUGCGCUCGUCCGUUACCUCUACCUUGGCAACUAUACCAUUGAGCACAUCGACGACGCCGGCGAUCCUCAAUUCCUCGUCCAUGCCCAUGUCCUCCACCUCGCCGACGCCACUAGCUGCCCAGAACUUGCCAAUAUCGCAAUGGGCCAUCUGAACUACAACGUUGCACUGGCAAUCAGCUUCCCCACCUCACCUCCGGAUCUGGUGCAGACUCUCAUCUUCAUGUACACUCACCUCACCCACAUUCCGGAGGCUCUCAGCACGAUGCUGAACUACUGCGUUGCUGCCUUCACUACACACAAGCUGGGUGAGGAUGGCGAUUUCAAGCACCUGGCGGGGACCCACGAACACCUUCUCUCCGACCUGUCUCAGGUCAACGCCGAGCGCGGCUUCGAAAACCUCGAUAUCCCGAAGAUGGUCGGCCCAACGCGCCCUAAAAUUGUAGACGCGGAUAUUGCGAACCUAUUCGCUGGUCAUGCUGUUGACCUGGACCUGGUUCGAUCGCGCCGAAACUCGCCCUCUUUCAUUGACCAGAUCCCAGAGGGCGUGAUGGAGAUCCGAGACCUGCCCAUCCGCGUCAGAGAGGAACCGGAGGAUGCUGACCCGGCCAGCCCGGCCAGCCCGGUCACCGAGGACGAGUUCGUUCUCGUUGACAUGCCUACGGCUGAAAGGCCUGAGAUUGACGAGUCCGACUCGGAGUGGUCCGUUAUCUAG